GGUUGGCUUGAGGGCUCAAGGGCCCCAGCCCUGCAUGUUGGGGUAGAGGGCGUCGCCCAGCGAGGUCCCCCCCGGCUCCCCUUCGCAAUGGGCGGCGCGUGGCCCUGGACCGGCGGCGCCGCCCAGCUGCCCGCGCCCGCCAGCGUCCCGCUGCCGCUCAUGCUGCUCCUCGCGCCGGCCAGGGCGGACCAACGGCGGCUCCCGGCCCCAGCCCAGCUCCCGAGCUGGGCGGCGGACUCGGAGGGCUACGAGGUCCAGGCGCCGCCCGCGGUGGCCGCUGCCGAGGUGGGCGAGUCUCGCCUGCGUGAGCGAGACCAGCUGUAUGGGCAUGUUGUCAAAGUUUCUCAAUCGAAGUUGCGCCGCCUGCGGGCGAAACGUAUCAGGUAUCGUUUGUGGUCCACGGCUCGGGGGCCAGAUUUGUCGUGCCUUGUUCGCGCGGGUAUUUGCGCGCCCAGAUAUUAUCGGAAUUUCUGCUCGGACGAUUCUGAGGAAGAGGAAUGGGUUCGAUCUACAGCCGAUCGUGCUUCUGCUGACUACUAUCAGACAGCUACGCUGUGUAGAAAAGCAACUUGUGGAACACAGACUGAUAUGGAUGCUGUUGAAUUGGCUGGCAACUCUUUGUGCUCGCAUUGUUCCGAUUGUGGGACUCAGACAGAUCCCUGUGUUCACAUUGCGUGUGGGACUCAGACUGAUCGUUGUGUUCUCUUUGUUGGUGAGGAGGAGAAGGAGGAGUGUCAUCGAGUGCGCGCUGAUCGGGGUGAUGCUUCUCUCAGAAUGAAGAGAUAUUGUUUCAAGCGAGUGGAGGCUAUCGAGAGUUCAAAGUUGCGCACUUCAGAAUUGCAUGCGACCAACGGGAGUGCGGAGAGUACCGCAGUUUGGAGUUCAGCUGAUGCAGUUGGGAGUUCCAGUGCAGUCGGGAGUUCAACAGGUCGGAGUGCAGUAGGAAGUUCCACAGUUCGGAGUUCCGCUGAUGCAGUUGUUGAUGCAGUUGGGAGUUCAACAGCUGGGACUUCUGCAGUCGGCCGACGUCGGGGGUACCGCCGUUUGGAGUUAAGCUGAUGCAGUAGGGAGUUCCAUGAAUGGGAGUUCUGCAGAUCGACCGAGUGAGACACGCUCUGAGUGUCAAGCUGCCAGGGACUGGGCCCUUGCCGGUGUCGAUGUAAGUGCUCUUUGGCGUGAGCUGCAACGGCUCCCGAGACGGGAGUUUCAGCGUAGGCUUGAGGCUGUUAAUGCAUACAAACUUCAAAUGGGACUUGAAUGUUCCGAGGAGGAUGAUUCGCAACAGGGGCGUCCUCAGAGUUCUACUUCCAGGAGUGCAUUGACGCGGAGCGGCAAGAAGCAUCGGAAACGGCACAGAUGAUGCACAUGUGAUUGAUCAUGCACGCUUGUUUUGGUCUGCCCCCCCUCUCUCUCCCCCGCUGUUUCUGCCCCUGGGCUCGCUUUGGCUCUUUGGGCUUCCCCCGCUCUCCCGCUGGCUUUCCUUCCGCUCUCCGCUGACAGGUCUCAUAGGAGGAUGUGGCACGUUUCUUCUCUUGCAAUUAUGACGGAGUGCCGCGGGCGUGCAUCGCGUUAUGCGCAUCGCACCCCGUAAAACACAUUUUUUUCUGCCCAAGGGACGUGUGCAGAUUUAUGCUUAUUUUGGCACGAAAAUUGCACAGGGCAUUUUCGCACGUUUAUAGUGUGUUUUCAAUAGAUUCGUCGCGCCGGAACUGUGGCCAGCGCCGAAUUCCGUCAUAAUUCAUUCUGCCUCCAUUUUGGCUCAAGAGCUCUACGAGGGUCCCGGCGGUAAUCUGGUUGCCUCCCUCCUCAGGGGUCUGGCGGCUGGGGACUCCCGUUUGGGACUCUCGCCUCGAGCGGCAUUGUGCCGUGCUGCUUUGUUUGGUUCUCUUUACUGUACACGGCCUGUGUAUCGUACGAGCUCAUUGGUUGUCGGAGGGCAGAUUCAUUGAUUGUCGGAGCAUAUAGUCAUUGAUUGUCAGAGUACACACUUGCGGACAGGAGAUUUUGCCCCAUUCAUUGAUUGUCGGAGCAUAUAGUCAUUGAUUGUCAGAGUACACACUUGCGGACAGGAGAUUUUGCCCCGCCAGAUUUCGAUUCCCGCGGGUACACACUUCAUUGACGGUUGGAGUACACAGUCAUUGUUUGUCGGAGUACACACUCAUUGAUUGCCGCGAGACAAGAGCUCUACAAGUAUCGUACUCAACUGUCCAUCCUGUUAUUGCCUGUGAUUUGCCUUCUUCUUGUUGAGCGAAUCCACGUUUCAUAUAUGGAGUUUGUUUCAUAUGAAUUGUCAGGCACGGAUUUUGUUGCUUCAGAUUGGACAGAUACGGCGUUGUUUACUUCCGAGUUUCUUGCUGCUCGUUUGUCUACGCUCGAAGUGUGUGUUAGUGAUCUAUAUUGCCGUGUUCGCCCUUCGUACGGAGGUGAGUCUCGCCUGCAUGAGCGAGACCAGCUGUAUGGGCAUGGUGUCAAAGUUUCUCAAUCGAAAUUGCGCCGCCUGCGGGCGAAACGUAUCAGGUAUCGUUUGUGGUCCACGGCACGGGGGCCAGAUUCGUCGUGCCUUGUUCGCGCGGGUAUUUGCGCGCCCAGAUAUUAUCGGAAUUUCUGCUCGGACGAUUCUGAGGAAGAGGAAUGGUUGAGCACACUUGUGGAACACAGACUGAUAUGGAUGCUGUUGAAUUGGCUGGCAACUCUUUGUGUUCGCAGUGUUCCGAUUGUGGGACUCAGAAAUUGCAUGCGACCAACGGGAGUGCGGUGGAGAGUGCCGCAGUUUGGAGUUCAGUUGAUGCAGUCGGGAGUUCCAGUGCAGUCGGGAGUUCAACAGGUCGGAGUGCAGUAGGAAGUUCCACAGUUCGGAGUUCCGCUGAUGCAGUUGUUGAUGCAGUUGGGAGUUCAACAGCUGGGACUUCUGCAGUUGGGAGUACCGCGGUUUGGAGUUCAGCUGAUGCAGUAGGGAGUUCCAUGAAUGGGAGUUCUGCAGAUCGACCGAGUGAGACACGCUCUGAGUGUCAAGCUGCCAGGGACUGGGCCCUUGUCGGUGUCGAUGUAAGUGCUCUUUGGCGUGAGCUACACUGGCUCCCGAGACAGGAGCUUCAACGUAGGAUUGAGGCUCUUAAUGCAUACAGGCUGCAAAUGGGAAUUGAAAGUUCCGAGGAAGAUGAUUCGCAACAGGGGGGUCCUCAGAGUUCUACUUCCAGGAGUGCAUUGACGCGGAGCGGCAAG